AUGUCCGACGUUGUCGUUCCGUCCUUCUUCCCCACUCCCACGGAGAUCGCUGGCGGGAUUCGAUGGGCCCAACGACAUCCACUUGUAGCCACGGUGGCUGCUGCUGCUGCAGCAACGGCCGUGAGUGUCUUGACGUACUUGCAAACCGCCACGAAAGACGAGAUUGCUCCGAACAAAGUUCCCGUGUUGGUAGCUAGCCCCUGCAAGAACCCGACCGAAGCUCCUGAUGUCUGCAGUAGCACGGAGAGCGACGCGUCGACGCCAUCAAGAGAUCGAAGCAGGAGUCGGUUGUGCAACUUGGAAAUGGACGACACCUCGUUGUGUCGGGAACUGGACCAAGUCUUGCCAGAGGCAGAUGGAGGAGGCCUUUCGUCGCCACAGUGGGGAUGGUACGUGUCGACCACGCCACCCGACGACCAUUACUAG